CAUUUACAUUUUAUUCUCUAAUUCAUAAAUGCAAAUCAUGCUAAUCAUGAUGGUAAUUAAAUGAUUAUGUCCCCUCAGAUAGCUUUCAUCUUGAUUUAAUGUAAAAUAAAUUAUUGUAGCCAAGGAGAUAACAUAUAUCUAUUUCCGGCAAAGUAAAAUUUAAAUUAUGCAAAUUUAUUCUAGAAACAGUGCUAUUAUUUGCAUUUGAGAAGUCAAAAUAUCACUUUACAUGUAUGUAUGAGACAAUUUAAAAAUAUUAAUCUCAAAUCAGUUGAAUUCUUUUUUAUCUACUUCUUUAUGGAUACUCUCUAUGGUCUACUUUAAUUUGCAAAUGACAUUGUAUAAAUCAAUUGUGCAAAUCAUGCAUUUUUCUGGAACCAAUUGUCCAAUACGUACAAAUUUAAGUAGGCCUGAAUUAUUUGAAGUUUUUUCUUUGAACAUCAAAUUUUGGUCAGUCAUAUUAUCAGAGCUUAUUAUUUAUUCACUUUGACUUCUGAAAAACAAAACUAGGUGUAUCUUAUAUUUGAACGAUUCUUUUAUUCUUUAACUAAAUAAAAGGUGAAUGAGUCAGAUUAUAAAUUUAAUAGAUCUAAUUAGACAAGUUUCGAGUAAAAUUCACUCAUGCUUCCAGUCAGGUGGAUGCCAUAUUUCAAAGGUAUAGUCUUUUAGCCCCAAGUCUUUUAACCCCAAAGCCUCCACUAGACAGGAAUUAUGUAGUGACCAGAGAAGAAGAAGACCACCUAAAAUAGACCAUUUAUCUCUGUGUAGGCAGUAAAAGUAGGAAGCCACAUCGUUGGUGACGAGGCAAUGGGCCCAACUGCCACGGGUUCUUAAUCGGCAUGAUUUGUUACAAUUCAUGUCCUAAUUGGGGGCUCCAUGUCGCUUCUCUGAGGGGCAACGCCUUCUGCGGAGACCAAGGAACUGAACUGACUGCCAAAGGCCGAUUGGGACGUGUCACAGCCAGACAGGUUUAUGGAACAGGUUCAACUUCAUUUACAUAUAAAGUUAUUUCAAUAUUCAUAUAUCAUGGAUAUCUUUAUCUACAUACAAAAUCUGAAAAACCCAAACAAACCAAAACAGAACAGAAUUGACAAGAUUUACACAUUAAAUCUGAAUAAAAAUGUAUGAAACAUAUUCUUUAGCAUCGAGUAGCAGUAAUAAACAAACAAACAAAAAAGGUCACUUCACAUGACAGCAUGGGACGGUGAAUGGGAAAUGCAUAAAAAUAUUACAUACAUGUAUAUGUUUGUCAUCUAGAUGAAGCUUUAAAUAUGCUUAUUCUUUGUUUAUCGUUUUAAUGAAUUGAAACAUUACAUGCAUACAGUAUGUACAUGUACAAUAACCUACACGUACAUGUAUCCUUAUCCCAAUAAUACUAACCCUUAAUAUCCUAACACCAAGUGACUCAAAAUCUUUGACCUACAUGUAAUACAUUAGAUGUUAAAAGCAAUUGAAAUUUGAAAAAAAAAAUUAAUACCUUUAAAAACAAUUUGCACUUUUAAAAAACCAUGCUAACCAUAGGAAAGUACAAGCUCUGUCUAUAACAUAACAUUUCAUUCCUAUAGCUGUAUGUGACACAUGCUUUGUUUAUUAUUGAUAAAUAUCUCAGAAGCUUCUUCAAGUGCAGUAUAUCAUGCAAUGAUUUUGCAAUUUAUGGAAUGUUGCUUUGAUGAGAUUUCAUGCUUGCGGGUCACGUUUGGCUAUUAAAGUUCAUGUUUAACAGUAAAGGGGGUCGUUUCAAUUUCAUUGUCUUACCUCUGGCCAUAUUCCAACAAAGUACAAAUAAAAUUGUCUUUCAAAGGUGUGACAAUGAGCUUUUAUUUCAUGAUUAAAGGCCAAGAAAAUGCAUAAUUGCAUAAUUACAGUAUGUCCAUUUUUUUUAUAAUGCCUCAUGCUUAUAAAACUGGAGCAUUUGUCAUUUUAUUACAAAUGUAAUAUUUGAUUUGUCUGAAAUGCAAACAAUUCAUUGUAACAACUUGAUAAAAGUUGUUGUGGAAAUGGGAUGUAAUUCAUUAUAUGCACAAAACAAAGUUAAUUAAUGAGUUACAUUGUAGUAAUUAGAUUCUACUUUAAUGACAAAAGAUGUAUAUUUUGUAGACGAUUUUCCUUUUCUUUAAAUCAUAUUUAGAAUCCAUUUGUGAAAAUGCAUGAAGGUGUUUCCAUGGAUGUAGGUCCAUAAUGCUUCCAACUCCUUCAAGAACAAAAUAACUUAUUUCGAGGUGUCUGUUGGCCAACCAAUUACAGCGAGCAGUCCUUGAUUCACAAAGUAAACCUAUUUGUGACCCCUAUUAUUCCAAGGGACCCUUUUCAGUUAUAACUUUUCAUCUGCCUCAGUCAGCAGCUGUUCACAUACUGCCAAGAUUUAUAAUACCCUACUGCAAGCAAAGCACCAAUUUUGAUCUCCAUAUUUCAUACUUGACCUCUCAUUCACAUCACAUCUAGAGCACAUUUCAUGAAACAGGUAACCGGUAAUUUUCCCUGACUAUUAACUGUCAUCCUUACAUCUGAUUGGCUAAGAGUAAAUGUCAGGAAAGAAAUUUAAUUAUAGAGUAUUUCAGUUGAGUUCAGACAUGUGUUUAAAAUAUUUACUUGGUCCAGCUUAUGGUAGGCCUAUAGACAAUUGUAUAUGUACAUAUGUUUUGAAUGUUUCAAAAGCAAGCGUUGGGAACGUUUGAUACCCCCCCCCCUAGAGUCCAAGAUCAGGUGGAUGUCAUAUUUUGUUCAAGUGUUAGACAUAUUUCGUACUAGCUAAGCAUCUUCAUACAGGUGUCAUUAAUAGUUAAUACUGUGCUUUAGCAUUGAAGAAUGUAGAUGUACAGAUGCACAGGAAGUCUUUUUGUUAUUAAGAAUGUGUUGCUUUAUGCACUCAUCUGCUUUAAAAAUUCUUUGAAUUACGUUAUAGAAAUUUUACAGUUAUUCCUAGUAACGGUAGGGUAUAUUAGGAGGUUAGUUUCAAUAAUUCAAGGAGAACCACCUAAGCUAGAAUAGACUACAGACGUUCGUAUAGGCAGUCUAAGUUAUAACUGAAGGGACUACGUCGGUGACGAGAUAACGACCCCAGCUGCCACCGGUUCUCCACCGACAUGUUUUCGUCAAAACUCAUGUCAUCAUUGGGGGCUCGAUCUCGUCCACUAAUUCGUUGAAGCCACAUCUCUGAUCUGGGGGUUACUCAUCAAAGGGGCAACACAGUCUGCGGAGGCCGAGGCCGAGUGGAAGAGACAUCGCUAGCUGCGGAGGCCAGGAACUGGACCGACCACCAGGGCCGAGUGGGGCAUGCAUGUCAGGCCAGAUGAGACGAUGGGGGCUAGAGUCAACGAUUACCGUUAAGUUAAGUUGUAUUUUGUUUUAUCCAUGUACAUUUUCAUGUACAAAUUAUUGUAAAACCAUCAAAAGAGAACAUCAGAAAGAUUGAAGAGAUAUGAUUAAAUCUUUUUAAUAAAUGUAUUUAUCAGUUUCACGUAUUCUUUUUUGGUGUCAAGCAGCAGUAAGUAAAUAAUUAAAAAAAGUCACUUCCCACGUGACAAUUUGGAGGUCCCACCGAGACACUGCUGCUUGAAAUAAUUCAAAAUUAUUUAGGAAAGAAAUUAAUCUGUGGUGGAUACUUUAUUGAUGGUCUAUUGGUAAUAGCUCUUAAAGUAUUUCUCCCCAAGGUGUGCAUUGAAGCCUUGGUACUAAUCAUACUUGUUAUGCUUGAAUUUACAUUUGGAUAGUACGAUGAAUUAUUGUGGGAAAUUUUCAGUGAGAAAAUAUACUUCAUACCUUUUUUCGGCCGGGUAAACAGCAUUUAGGGAAAGCAGGCCCUGUUUUAAUGCUAUGGUAUAUAGUGGGCUGUUGGUCGUUAGGAUAAAGGAUAUGUCGGGAAGAACUGUUUGUUCUUAAUUCACAUAAUUACUGUCUAUUCUUACGGGUAACUCGUUGGCAGGGUAGCAAGUAUUGUAUGUUACAGACUGUGAAUUUGUAUGUGUGAAGUGGGCUUUGUUGUUCGCAUGGUUGAAUAAUUGUAUGCUCGUGGAGAUACGAUUUCUAGUGCGGUGCUUGUACUAGGGUUCGGCAUUUGGUUGCCAGGUUAAAGCUAUUGUUGCUUUGUUUUGCGGACGCCUUUCACAAUUCAAGUCUGGUUGCUAGGUUUUUGGAAUUCAUUCAAUAUGGCUAGCAUAGAGAAAAUGAAGGAGUUUUCUACUUUAGGUAGGGAGAUGGGACUUAGUGGUGGCGAAUUGAGUAGUUUUGUCACAGAUUCGAUGGAACGUGAACGAGAACGUGAAAAGGAAGUUCAUGAAUUGCGCUUGGCCCAAAUUAAAAUUGAACAGGCAAAAUUAGAGGAACGCCCUCUUGAGUUCAGUGGGAUUAAGUUGAAGGUAGGAAAGUUUGACGAAUCAACUGACAGUUUUGAUUCUUACAUAACAAAGUUUGAAUUGUUAAUGGAUAGUCAGAACGUACCAAAACAAGUUAGGUGCUUGCAUUUAAUUUCAAAUCUGACUGGAAAAUCGCUGGAUGUAGUGAAUAGAAUGAAUAGCACUGAUCGCACCGAUUAUGAUAGGGUAAAGCGUGAGCUUAUGGAAUAUUUCCAUCUUACUGAGAAUGGUUAUAGAAAGAAAUUCAGGUCGGUAAGACCAAAUAGGGAAGAGCGCCCAAAACAGUUUGCUGUUCGGAUGAAAGGAUACUUUGAUAAGUGGUUGGAUUUGUCUGGUGUUGGUGAUUACGAUUCCCUGGUCGAUUUGGUUGUUAGGGAGCAAUUUUUGGAUUGUUGCCCCAGAGAGGUAGUUGGAUUCUUGAAGGAAAGGAAUUGUGGGAAGUUACAUGAGAUGGUUGAAUGUGCUGAGAUAUAUGUGCAUGCGCAUGGAUUGCAUACUUUCAUUGGUCAUAGAAAUGAUAAAUUCAAUCCUAAGAAUCAGAACCAAAGACAGAAUCAAAAUCAGAAACAGAAAUUAAGUCAGAUCCAUAACACUAAAUCAGUAUUAGGUCCACAGGCAGAUAGGAAGCCCAAGUAUGCUAGUUCAACGAAAAAUAGCACAAAACCUAGCUAUGGUAAUAGCGGUACAAAGAAUGGGUGUUAUAUGUGUGGUAGUCCGAAUCAUUUGAAAUGGAAUUGUCCAAUGAAGCCCAUAGUUCAUUCAGCUCAGGCUAUGAGUGUGGAGGACACUCCACUGGAUAGUGUUAGGUCAGAAAAUUCGGGUUUACAUUUGAAUAGGAAUGAGAAUUUUAUGUCAAUAGGAACUUUGCGUUCAGACGAUAGGGCUAGUAGUCAGUCAAAAUCCACUGGAUUUGUUGAAAGUUCAGCUGGAUGUGUUCUCAUAGGCAAUCCAAUGAUUACAGUUCCGUCAGAAAGUGAGAGUGUUGAAACGCUUGGUAUGGCAUACGAUGAGGUUGGUGCAAUGAUUGAUGAUAUGCCAGUUGUUUCGGGUAGGUUGUUACCCAAGAACAAGCCUGUUUCCGUGCUGAAGGAUUCUGGGAGUAGUACAAGUGUAGUGAGAACGAGUUUAGUAUUAGACAAUCAGUUCACGGGAGUGAUUCAGUUAGUUAGGCUGAUAGAUGGUACUCUGAGACGUUUUCCUAGGGCAAAUAUCAUGCUAGAUAGUCCCUAUUUCAUUGGAGAAAUCAAUGCCUUGUGUAUGCCCAAUUGUUUGUGUGACGUCAUUAUUGGCAAUGAUGUGAAGGGGGCACGUGAGCCCAAGGAUCCUGACCUGCAAUGGGUGCCUAGUAUAGUUCAAAAGGCGAAUAGUUCCGAUGUUGAUGAUCGGGUAUCCGAAGUUGAUAUGCAAAGUUCGGAAGUUGUGUCGAGUUCGGAAGAUAAUGUUCGGGUUUCCAAAAUGGAUGAGUCUGUUACGAAAGUGGAUGAGGUUUUGGAUGAUGUGCCUUCAUGUGUGGAUGAGGCGAUGGCUGUUGAAACUAGAGCACAAAAGCAAAGUCAAUCUAAACCUAAACAAGAUUUGAAAGUAAGAGACUCGGGAGUAAAAGUGAAGUCGGAGGACUUUUUGCGAGAGCAAAAGGAUGAUUUGUCACUUAAGCCUUUGUGGAACAAGGUGAAUGAUAUCGAGACUAAAUCGAGAUUCUUGUUCAUGUCAGAGAAGAAUUGUCUUUAUCGACAAGAAAGGGAUAUGAGAAAUCCAAGUGUUGGUGUUGGUCCCAAGUUAGUGGUUGUUCCAAAGACACACAGGUCUGAGAUUAUGCGAAUUGCCCAUGAUUCAUUGUUUGGUGGACAUCUCGGCAUUAACAAUACAUUGUCAAAGGUUAAAGCCCAGUUUUAUUGGCCAAGUAUGUAUGAGGAUGUUGCCAAUUUCUGCCGAUCAUGUGACGUGUGUCAGAAGACUGUUAGUAAAGGGAGAGUCCCCAAAACGACUCUCGGUAAGUUACCGAUAGUUGGCGUCCCAUUUCAACGAAUUGCGAUAGAUUUAAUGGGUCCAUUCAUUCCAUCUGCAAGAGGACAUACUCACAUCUUGACGAUAGUAGACUAUGCGACUAGAUAUGUAGAAGCUAUACCAUUGAAAUCAAUAUCGACUGUAGAUGUAGCUGAGGCAUUAGUCACUGUGUAUAGUAGGGUAGGUGUUCCUUGUGAAGUAAUGUCAGACUUAGGUACACAAUUUGUAUCUGAUUUAAUGAGGAAGGUGUCACAGUUGUUAUCAGUCAAACAAAUAACAAGCUCUAGAUACCAUCCGAUGUGUAAUGGCCUUGUAGAGAGGUACAAUGGAGUAAUUAAGACAGCUUUGAGGCGUCUUUGUUCUGAGGAGCCACGUCAGUGGGACAGGUACUUACCUGCUUUGUUGUUUGCUCUGCGAGAAGCACCCAGUUCGAGCCUGGGGUUUUCUCCAUUUGAAUUACUCUAUGGUAGACAUGUGAGAGGUCCAAUGGAUAUUUUGAGAGAAUUAUGGACGAAUGAGAGUAUUGACGCAGAGUUAGGUAACGAGUAUGAAUACGUAAUUGACUUAAGGAAGCGGUUGGUCGAGUCUUGGCAAUUGGCGCAAGACACUUUGAAAUCCUCCGCAAAGAGGUAUCCUUGGAUCUUCGAAGCUAAUCACAAUCGCAACUCAAUUACAAUUCGCGAUUAGAAAUUAGAAUAGGGAUUUACGUUAGUAGGGCUUACCUGUGAAUUUAGUUAGAAUAGGGAAACUUAUAGGUCAUUUAGUUUAGGAAGUUAGGAAAUAAGAUUGUAAAAUUAUAUUUUUGUUGUACUUUAUAUAAAAUAUGUAUGCAAUGAAAACAAAACGGAAAGAGUCGCUUGUUCGUAAGAAGUCUUAAACAAAAAAAAAUCUUAAAGAGUUAUUGAUAUUCUAAAACAGGCACUUUCAUUGUACAAAAUACAUAUUUAUGUGUUAGAAUAUGCUGUAUUCGUACAAGUGCUAUUCAAAUUCGUUUAAUGAAAAUAUUGCGAAUCAGUAACUGUGUUUGAAAUAUAAAAUUUGUUUCUUUAAUCGAUUAUUUAAAAAAAAAUAGAAUUAAGCAAGAACAUAACGUUGAAUUCAAAUAUGUUAAACAUGAAACGGUUGAAACUUUGUAACCAUUUUUGAAGUAAUUUAUGUACACAAAAAUAUGAAUUUUUGAAAACUGAAUGGCAUUGCAAUAAUUUUAAUUUACUUGAAUGUUUAAAAAAAAAAUGCUGAUUUUGAGAAGAAUACUGAUUUUACAUACAUAAAGCAAUGUUUUAAGGAUUAUGAAGUACUUUCAUUUAUUGAAAUAUACAAUGCUAUGAAAGUGGUAACAAACACUGCACUUUGUUUUAAAAGAAGUUGUGUUCGGAAAGAUUACUGAAUUUAAACAGUUAUAUGACAAAGCAAAGUAAGAAAGGAUUGUAAAUUCUAAUGCGCUUUGCAGAAUUUAAAUGAUAUUUUGAAACUGAAAUUGAAAUUGAUCUUUUACAAAACUAAAAAGCUUAGAUGAUUUGAUAUGAAAUGGUUUUGUAUAAUGCAUUUGGCAUAUAUGUUAUGCUGGUAUAAAAAUCGAUUAUUACUUGUGUUUUUGGAAAUAGUGUUAUGAAAGCUUAGUCAAUGCUUUGAAAGUAAAUUUCUUUAACGGAUGUAAUUCAGGUUCCCUUAAUUUCAUCUUAAGGUGGGGGAUAUUGUCAGGAAAGAAAUUUAAUUAUAGAGUAUUUCAGUUGAGUUCAGACAUGUGUUUAAAAUAUUUACUUGGUCCAGCUUAUGGUAGGCCUAUAGACAAUUGUAUAUGUACAUAUGUUUUGAAUGUUUCAAAAGCAAGCGUUGGGAACGUUUGAUACCCCCCCCCCUAGAGUCCAAGAUCAGGUGGAUGUCAUAUUUUGUUCAAGUGUUAGACAUAUUUCGUACUAGCUAAGCAUCUUCAUACAGGUGUCAUUAAUAGUUAAUACUGUGCUUUAGCAUUGAAGAAUGUAGAUGUACAGAUGCACAGGAAGUCUUUUUGUUAUUAAGAAUGUGUUGCUUUAUGCACUCAUCUGCUUUAAAAAUUCUUUGAAUUACGUUAUAGAAAUUUUACAGUUAUUCCUAGUAACGGUAGGGUAUAUUAGGAGGUUAGUUUCAAUAAUUCAAGGAGAACCACCUAAGCUAGAAUAGACUACAGACGUUCGUAUAGGCAGUCUAAGUUAUAACUGAAGGGACUACGUCGGUGACGAGAUAACGACCCCAGCUGCCACCGGUUCUCCACCGACAUGUUUUCGUCAAAACUCAUGUCAUCAUUGGGGGCUCGAUCUCGUCCACUAAUUCGUUGAAGCCACAUCUCUGAUCUGGGGGUUACUCAUCAAAGGGGCAACACAGUCUGCGGAGGCCGAGGCCGAGUGGAAGAGACAUCGCUAGCUGCGGAGGCCAGGAACUGGACCGACCACCAGGGCCGAGUGGGGCAUGCAUGUCAGGCCAGAUGAGACGAUGGGGGCUAGAGUCAACGAUUACCGUUAAGUUAAGUUGUAUUUUGUUUUAUCCAUGUACAUUUUCAUGUACAAAUUAUUGUAAAACCAUCAAAAGAGAACAUCAGAAAGAUUGAAGAGAUAUGAUUAAAUCUUUUUAAUAAAUGUA